AUGGAACAUCUAGAUCAAGGGCUAGCUGCAUUACAAAGUAUAACCUCUGAAGUAGACGUUGAGAAAGAGUUAGGAAAUUCAAACUCAAUUCAAUUACAGCAAGCGUCUUUAGUAAAGCUUCUCGCUAAAGAAGGAAGUGCCGGGGAAAUGGUUGCCUGUGAUGAUUUACUAGAAUGCCUGUUUGGUAAUAGACUACCUCGGGCCUUGUAA